GUGCUGCAGCUCGUCACUUCCUUGUUCCUGAAUCAAAACCUUCAAAAAGGACGGCUGAACUGCAGUUCUAAAAGAAGUAGCUUCUUAGAAACACACUUCACGUGUCAUUUACUUUACAGUUUUUAAGUUUUCGUUUGCUUUUUUAACACCAUGGCAGCCACCAGCUGUUGUUUACAAGAGGAGCAGUUUCUGUGCUGCAUUUGUUUAGACGUUUUUACUGAUCCAGUCACGAUACCGUGUGGACACAACUUCUGCAAAAUGUGCAUUACCAAGAACUGGAACGUUAACAGUCCUCGAUGCCAGUGUCCUAUGUGCAAACAAAGUUUUACGGUUCGUCCUGAACUGAGAGUCAACACUUUUGUUUUGGAGAUGGCCUCCGAGUUCAAGCAAGCAACCAAGAGACGAAGUAGCUUGGAGCUGCAGACGGCCAAACCAGGGGAAAUCCCCUGUGAUAUUUGCACUGGAAAAAAAUUGAAGGCUGUCAAAUCCUGCUUGACUUGCUUUGCCUCGUAUUGCAGCAUACACCUGGACCCUCAUGAAACGUCUGACCGGCUGAAAACUCAUACGCUGAGUGAGCCGGUGGAGAACAUGGAGGCCAGGAUGUGUUCCAAGCACAAGAAACCUCUGGAGCUCUUUUGCAGGAACGAGCAGCUGUGUGUGUGCUCACUCUGCUGCGUCACGGAGCAUGCGGCGCAUGACAUCUCUUCCAUCAGCGACGAGUGGGAAUCCAGGAGGACAAAGCUGCAGGAGAUUGAAGCUGAAACGCAGCAGAUGAUCAGAGAGAGACAGCUGAAGAGCCAGCAGAUCGAGCGGCUGAAAAACUACAGCAGGGAGGAUUCAGAAAGAGAGAUUGCCAGCUCUGUCCGCGUCUUCACCAUUUUCAUGCAGACGGCAGAGAAAAAUCUGAACAGGCUUCUUGAAGUAAUUGAGGAGAGACAGAGGAGGAUGGAACAAGAGGCCGACGGCUACAUCAGAGGACUCCAAGAAGAAAUCUCUGUCCUUGGUCAAAGAACUGCUGAGCUGCAGAAACUCUCUCAAACUCAGGACCAUCUCCUUCUCCUCCAGAAACUAACUGGCCUGAACUCUAUGGAAAGCUCGACGGCUCUGACUGACGUGAAUAUCCGUCUCCCGGCGUUUGAGGGAGUCGCUCUGGAAGCCGUGGUAGACCUGGAGAAAACACUGAGUGUAGAGAAAGAGCGACUGCUACACGAGGAAAGACUGAAGAAGGUUCAGCAGUACUCCGUGGAUGUGGUUCUGGAGGCCCAAACGGCCAACCCUUACCUCAUCCUAUCAGAGGAUGGGAAACAAGUCCGUUGUGGAGAAGUGAGACGGGAUCUGACAGAAAACGAGGAGAGGUUCUCUCUUUAUGCGAGUGUCCUUGGACAGCAAACCUUCUCAUUUGGUAGAUUUUAUUUUGAAGUACAAGUUACAGGGAAAACUGACUGGACUCUUGGGGUUGCCAAAGGUUCUGUGGACAGGAAAGGAAUUGACCCACUAAGCCCAGUCAACGGCUACUGGGCAAUUGGUUUGAGAGGAGCAAACCAGUACCUGUGUCUGGACAGCCCUGCUGUGAGCCUGAAUCUAAACUGGCACCUGGAGCGGCUUGGUGUGUUUGUUAGUUACGAGGAGGGCUUGGUGUCCUUCUUUGACGUCGACAAAGCUGUUCACCUUUACUCCUUCACUGACUGUGUCUUCACUGAGGAUCUGAGGCCCUUCUUCAGUCCUGGCCAUCACAAGCGAGGGAUGAACUCUGCACCUCUCAUCAUCUCUGUCAUUAACCGCAUCGAUUAGAUUUAGUCAGAAAAACUUUCUCCAGUUUUGCCAGGGGUACCCAACGCUCAGCCAAGAGACAUUGUCCCUCCAGCACAUCCAGAGUCUACCUCAGACCCUACAGAUACCGAAAGGGCUUCUAGGAGCUGACAACUUAAAGGGAUCCCUGAGCCAUCACAGCUGACUUUUCUCAAUGUGUUGGAGCAGCAGUUCUUCUUUGAGCUCCUCCCAGGAUAUUGAGCUCCUCACUCUGUCUCCAAGGGAACACUUGGCAACCCUUCAAUAAAAUUAGCAAAACCCAAUUUCAUGCUAAAAAAGCAGGGGUGGCCUAAACCAAGAAAAGACACCCCCUGGCUGGGCCUAGAAAUUCUGUCCAUGAAAAUUCUGAACAGAACUGACCACAAAGACUAUCAGUCGACAGGUAAGAACAGGUAUGACUGAUGCUGCAUUCACACCGGUUGCGUGUGGUGCGAUCAAGAACGUUCUCUAUGCACUUUUGUGACUAUGAAUCCAGCUGGUGGUUUACACACUGGACCAGCGCCACUCAUGCAGGUAGCGAAUGAGAGAGUGUUUUACUGUUUAUUAGCGCUUGUCCGCCACCUACAAUAGGUACACAGAAUCAGAGCAAAAAGUCAAAGUGCUGCAAAUCUUGCUCCAGACUUGUUUUCACGGUUUUGUUUUUUUCAAUAAAUGUCCGUCUUGGUAUCAUAUUAAUCCAUCCGGGCAGAAUCCGCAUUAUUAUUGUCUCCUUCAGGAUGUUUACAGCAAUUAGUACUUCCAUGUUUGAAGCGGACGCCACCCACAUAUCAAAUCACUGUCACAGUGGUCUCAGAGUGAAAAUGUUCAAUCGGGUUAAACUUUCCACGUGCGAUUAAUGAACGCCAGAUUUGUAUGUAGAGCCCAGGACCAGACUUGAAAACUUGCAUAGCAAUGCACGAUCACGUGCGUUCCAGACACGGAAGCCAGAAAUUCUGGUCUGUGUGGGUUUGAAUUGAGUUUUCACUGAAAGUGGACGCUUGAAUGUGAGUCGACACAGCCAAGCGUGUAAGCACCUUUACUGCUGGCAGUAUGACCCAAGCUGACUGUAUGAAGACGGGACUGCUCUACUCUCCACAGAGCAAACACCACGAGGGGCAAGAUCAAAUACUCUCUCCUAAAUGGGAGUUAAAGACAAUUCGUCUUAUAAGCCAAACAGCAGUUCAGCAUGAUCAGACUUAAUACAGACUCUAGGAGGGUAAUAGAAAGUGCUACAAUUCAAACUCCAUUGUUCCAUCAGAAGACCUCAACAGCAACGCGAGUGAUGACUGAUGUUUAGGAAAGCAAGAUUGGUAAAAACAAAGUGUGACAAACAUUUUUUUAUUGGGAUUCUGUUACCUUCAUUAAGAUGUUUGAUACAAUUCUACACCCCACACCAGAUCCUAUAGAAGUUCAAAUACUUUGAUGCCAGUUCCAUCACUGUAGAAUGUGCUGAACUUUAUCCUACUUCUCCUGGCUAAACUUCAUCAGUUUGUAAAACUGGUCUAGUCGGACUCACUUUCCAAACACCUAUAUCAAAACUAUAAAACUGUGAAAGAUCGGUCAGUUAUAAGUGUCUUGUUUAGGUGGCUCUUAGCAGGAAGACACAUUGGACGAUAUCCACCUGUAGCUUCAAAGAGGUCGAUUUGGACUCUGACCAUCUCUUCCUCUUAAACCACUGCUGUGUAUGUCUGUACGUACAUUUUAUGCUUAGUAUUUUUGUAUUACAAGUGUGUUUAGCUGCUUUUAAUUGCACCAUAAGGACAAAUGAAGUCAUUUGAUUAAUCUGAAUUGUUUAUUUUGUAUACUGUAAGACAGAGUAUUUAAAUCUAAAGCAAAGAUUCUUUGUUAUUUAUUCUGCCACAAAAUGCUGAAAUAAUUUACAAAACGUAAUCCUGUGUUAUGUUACAUUUAAAAUAAAAACUUUUUAUCAAAAGAGCUAUUUUACUUGUCUGAAAAUGAUCAAGAUUUUAAAACUGGGCUGAAAAGGAUGAAAAAUAAUUACAAUUCCUUCAGAACUAUUGGUUUCUUGUAAAAAAAAAAA